AUGUCGUCUGUGAGAGAGGCCUGGGGGGCCGGUGUGAUCAACUUUGAUGGACUGGGUGUGAUCUCAUAUCGUUUUAAGGUGAAGAAGAUGAAGAUCAUCAAAGAUGUGAUCGCACUGAGGUUCAAGACGUCAGAGAGUGAGGGAGUGAUUCUCCACGGGGAGGGCCAGCAGGGGGACUACAUCACUCUGGAGUUGCGCAUGGCCAAGCUGCUGAUGCAGAUCAACCUGGGCAGUAAUCAGUACGGCUCCAUCCUGGGUCACACCUCUGUGACCACCGGCAGCCUCCUGGACGACAACCACUGGCACUCAGUGGUGAUCGAACGCUACCGACGUAAUGUCAACUUCACUCUGGACCGACACACUCAGCACUUCAGGACCAACGGAGAGUUUGACCACCUCGAUUUGGACUAUGAGUUGAGUUUUGGUGGGAUGCCGUACAGUGGAAAGCCCGUUGGAGCCGGGAGGAAGAACUUUAAAGGCUGCAUGGAGAGCAUCAACUACAACGGAGACAACAUCACAGACCUGGCCCGCAGGAAGAAGAUAGACACGUCCAGCUUUCGCAACCUGUCCUUCUCCUGCGUGGAGACACACUCCUUCCCGGUGUUCUUCAACGCCACCAGCUUCCUGCAGCUGCCGGGACGAGCCAAUCACGACACGUUAUCUGUCAGCUUCCAGUUUCGUACCUGGAACCCCGAAGGGCUCCUCUUGUUCAGUAAUCUGGACGACGGAACGCUGGAGGUCUCUCUGGAGGACAGCAAGGUGGGGGUUCAUCUCAACGUGACGCAGGAGACCGGAAACCAGCGAGUCGACCUAUCAUCAGGUUCAGGACUCAACGACGGCCAAUGGCACGCCAUACGUUUGGUUGCCAGGGAGAACUUUGCCAUGUUGACUAUAGAUGGCGAGGAGGCGUCUGCAGUGCGCUCCACUUCUCCUCUCACCAUCACCACGGGGGGAACCUACCACUUAGGAGGGUAUUUCCUCCAGACGCUCUUCCCGCCCUCGCAGCGCUCCUUCCAGGGCUGCAUGCAGGCGAUCCUGCUGGACGACCAACCGGCUGAUAUGCACGCGGUGGAGAAAGGCAUUAUGGGUGCUUUUGAGAACGUCAGCCUGGAUAUGUGUGCAAUCAUAGACAGGUGUAUGCCUAACCACUGUGAGCACGGCGGCCGCUGUAAGCAGACGUGGGACAGCUUCAGCUGCACCUGCGAUGGGACGGGAUACACUGGAGCCACCUGCCACACCUCUAUCUAUGAGCCGUCCUGUGAGGCCUAUAAGCAUCGUGGCCGCUCCUCUGACACCUACUGGAUCGACCCUGACGGCAGUGGGCCCCUCGGCCCCUUCAAAGUCAAUUGCAACAUGACAGAGGACAAAGUGUGGACGACAGUUAUGAACAACCUGCCGCCCAAAACUGCUGUGACGGGCUCCAGCAGAGAGAGACGCACCGUCCUGCAGGUCAACUACAGCGCCUCCAUGGACCAGGUGACAUCCAUCACCACCAGUGCAGAGUACUGCGAGCAGCUGAUCUCCUACAGCUGUCGCAUGUCCCGACUGCUCAACACUCCAGGUGAGACGCAUCUUUAUUCACCGCCGACUCGAGAACACAUCACCGAGGGAGGCAGGCUGUUCUGUUCGUCACAGAGCCAGAAUGUGAUGUGCAAUUCAUAUUAA